AUGAUAUCAUCAUCGUCUGAUGAUGGCCCAAUAACAAUGGCCACAUCAUCAAUCUCAUCGAUGAAAAUAAGUGAUGACUCUUCGUUUGAUGACAUUGAUCCAAAGUCAUUCCUGACGCCAACCAUCCCACGACGAAGAUCAUCCACUAUAUCUGGCUCACCAAUCAGUUCACCAAUACCAGACUGCAAUCAAUCAAACAACAAUAUGUCAAACAAUAACAACAACAACAACAUGAGCAUGGGUAUUGGUAUUGGUAUGAGUGGCAGUGUCAGUAGUAAUGCGAUCAACAGACUUGGCGAGAACCAUCAACAACAACAACAACGUAUUAUUAGUCCAGUGAGAGCAUCAACACCACAUCCUCCACAUUCAUCAUCAUCAACAACAUCACAUCACUACAACACAUCAAACAAUACUCCACUGUCGACUCCACCCGCAUCGCCAUCAACGCCACAAGAGCACUAUAUACUGAUGACCCCGCUCACUGGCAAGCGAUCAUCCACCUCAUUGCUGCCGCUGUCUGGCGCGACACCGCUGCCCCACAACAGCUCAACGCUGUCACCUCCAACCAAGGUGUUCUCGCCACCUCGUCGACGCAAGACCUGUAACAAUUUGGCAUCGCGACUCUACAUCAACUCACCAGAGCGCGAUCGCUCGUUGACACUGACACUGUCGCCCUCGUCUUCCCAACACCCUUCGCUUCAGUCGCCACCUCCUGUCAAUGCGAGCUCGACGACAGUCAUGCACGCCUACGCAGACGUUCACUCAAUGUUGCUGCAGGGCGGUCUGGGCAACCUGCCGGCCGAGCUGCUGAUAUCGAUCUUCCAGCACUUUGGCCCACAAGACAUAUGCCGUGUAGGACUCACAUGUCGAUGGUGGCAGACAGUCUCCGAACAGGACUCACUCUGGUUGAUCAAGUUCAAUGAGCGCUUCCAACGUCCCAAGGCAAUCCUUGACAAACUGCACAGUCAGGCCACCACCGAGUCUUGGAAGGAGUUAUACACUCAACAUUACUUCAUGGACAACUCAUACUGCGAGGUUGAGAGGAUGUUGGUAUUGUUCCCAGUCACGCCGGAAUAUGAGCAUGAUAUCACCAUCAUGUUGUACAAAGUAUUGAACUACCUCAAGCAUACUGACUCGACAACAGAGUACAUUCGCAAGUUGGAAGAGCUAAAGACUAUACAUAUUACAUUUGGAAAUAGGAUUGAGGCUGCCAACUGCUUGUUGAAUCACUGUCAGCUGAUCAGCUGGAAUGGUGAAGCCACCUUCCCAGCCGAGCAUGGAUAUCCAUCAGAGGUGCACUCCGAUCGCAAGGAGCGACUCCUAAACGCAUCAAUACAGCUAUUCAUCGAGGGCAAGCAUUGGGAGCGUUCACUAUCAAUCAUCAACAAGUUGCGCAAGAGAUACAAGAAGGACCUGCCCAAGCUAACACAGCCCGAGCAACGACACACUUUGAUCAAGAAGAUGGUUGCCCUAUCAGAACUUGAGCAUACAUGUUACCAAUCGCGAGACAAAGAGAAGAGAUUCUUUGAGGAGUACUUCUUGGUGGAGUUCAGAGGCAAGGGCUUCCCCAAGUCUGUUGAUGCCAAGAAGUUCAUCUUUAGAGGCAAUGUGUUAGAGAAGCUUGGCAACUUUGUAGGCAGGAUGAAGAACAGAUAUCCUGGCGCACAGGUGGUGCCCAAGACUGACAAGGAUGAUAUACUCACUGGCCAGUACGUGCACAUUCGACCAUGCAAGCCCAUCUUCCUGCCAAAGAUAUUCGCCGGCGUGCAGACGCUGGCCAUGGCCAAUCAACAACAGCACAUGGUGUCCAAGGGCCACACACUCCGCUCGCACUUUAAGGACGAGCAGGCAUACAUCCACAACAACUCGCGAGUAUUCUUCUACUCCCAACCCUUCAAGAAGAAGAAGAAGGAGGGCGACCAGGUGGCGGCCAGCAACAAUGAGUUCCUCGACCUGUGGACGUGCAAUACGUACAUCGUCUCGUCAAACACAUUCCCCGACUUGAUACGUUGCAGUGAGGUCAAGUCCAUCAUUGAGAUCGAGCGCAAUCCCCUCGAGACUGCCAUUGAAGACCUCAACAAGAAGAACAAACAACUGCAGGGCAUUGUCGACUCGUCAAAGGAGCAGAAGCAAUGGUCACAAGGCCUGACAAUGGCGUUGAAUGGUGUGGUGGACGCAGCAGUCUCUGGUGGAAUCAACAUGUACCGAGUGUUCUUUAGUCAAUGCUACUUGGAGGAGAACCCUGCACACCCGGACCUUCUUGGCAAGCUCAAGGACCUACUUCUCAAACAACAACUCCUACUUGAGGUUGGCAUGGACAUCCACUCGCAAUGUUGUCCAGAGAACAUCAAGGCGCUACAGAACAAGAUGGAACUAUGCUUUGAGAAAUGGAAGCAGAUCAUUAGUGAGCUUGUAAUACCAACAUUGUCCGCGAGCAAUGACCAAGUAUCAGUGCCAGCUCCAGUGCCAGUCGACGAGGCAGAGAAGCUGCAGCAGCAAACUGCACAACAGAUUGCCCAUCCACCUAUUCGCAUCGCUGAGGAAGAGAUGCUUCAACCUGUUGCAUGUGAGGCACCCAAGGCCACAGUGACGACAGAGUCAAAGGCACCGGUAAAGACACCACCCAAGUCAGUCAUUGGCAGUCCAGCAUCAUCAGACAUUCGAACCAAACCAGUUGCUUCACCUCGUUCAACUUCCAAACUUCCACCAAUGGCAUCAUCACAAUCAUCAGCGAGACAACUGGUAUCAAAGGACUCUCCAAGGUCCACUACAGUCACAUCAACAAGUGCAUCGACAGGUGUUAAAUGGGUCAAUGGAAAGAAGCAAACUGUACCUCCAUCAACAACAACAACAACUGGAACAAAGCAAACAACAACAACUGCAACUGCAACAACUACCACCCCGACAUCAUUAAGGAAGCCACCUCUUUCACCAUCAUCAUCAUCAUCUGUAUCCACUCCCUCAAAAUUACUACCACCCAAGACAUUGACAAGAAGUGUUCUGACUACAACACCACCUCCAACACGAAGGACUAUGACUGUCACCAGUCCAACUACAACAUCAAGCAGACCAACAACAACAUCAUCAUUGUCGACAACAACAUCAAGCAACACAACAAAAUUGGUCUCCAAACCAACUCUCACAUCCUCAUCGUCCUCAACAUCGUCAUCAUCAAGGUUAGCUGGCAGUCCCAUCAAACCAUUGGCAAUAUCCAAACCAUCAACUACCUCUUCCACUGCCAGCAGUAGCACUGUCAAGGUGCCACAGACAUCUCCAAACACUGGAUCACUCUCACGACCAACGCUGAGUCACUUGGCAAAAUCGACCACUGGUACUGGCACUGGAACUGUCACUGGCACAACACCCUCCUCCUCGACUACGACCUCACCCAUCACCAAACAACCAUCAUCACCAAGGGUUGUUGCCAAGCCUCCAUCCCGACCAUCUUCACCAAGACCCAAGGCACCUGAACCUCAGCCAUCAACCGCCAAGCCCCCAGCACCAACCAAAACAUCAACGAUUGGUGUGGCACUGUCCAACAUCAAGAAGAGAUUGUCAUCAUCAUCUCUGUCAUUAGCAAGUCUUGGAACAUCAUCUUCGUCAACAUCCACAUCCACAUCUACAUCUUCGACCCCAUCGUCAUCAACGCCCUCAACUCCAACUAAGGCUACACAGUCCUCGACCACAACGAUGACCUCAUCCUCGUCCACCACCUCGUCAAGGAACACAACACCCACCAAGACAACAUCUGCUCGCCCCACCAUUGGAAGCAGCAGCAAUGCAUCCAGCUCAACAUUGCUGAGCAGAGCCAAGCCGCCCAUGCUUGCCAAGGGCAGCGCAUCAUCAUCGCCAUCGCCAAUAUCCGUCAAGUCACAACAGACUACCAGGAGCACGGUCGCCCCCACUACCAAACCACCAGCCUCACCUCUGUCACUGACAAAGACGAUGGGACACUCACUCUCCAAGCCAGCUGCCACCAAACUACCAGUGUCAACACUGGCCUACAAGAGUUCUGUCUUGACCAAACCAACAGGCUCCACUCCAACAAAGAUGCCUGCAUCUGGUGGCCCAACCUCCUCCUCAUCUUCAUCCUCCCAAACGACGACCUCAUCCUCCUCAACGACAACCUCGUCAACAUCUUCAAUCUCGCACACAAAUGUCACCACCAAUCUUUUCCACUAUCCCAACGAUACUGAUACCACGCCAAUGAAGAAGUUGAUGCACAAGCGCAUCGCUCUCACCCCUUUGCCACUCACACUUCGUCUGGCGGCAUCAAGUGGAGCUACCAGUCCAUCGUCCACAGGACAAUCUGUCGCUGGUGAGCAUGUGACCAGCUCAUCAACUUGA